CCACUGUAUCUAUAACAAUUGGACUACGCCCCGCGAACCUUUUGUAUACCCUUAUAUUUGUGGCCUUUGGAUCAAAUUUGAUCCAAUGGCUAUAUCAAAACCUUUAUAAACCCUUGAAUUGCAUUCUGCUUGAGAUUCAAGGGGCUGAAAGCUCUCCUCUUUGUACGUAGGUUCCGUUGUCUACCAAUUCCCUCUCCUAUGUUUGGACGUUUUUCUUCACCCAUUUCUCCCUUUCCUACCAUUACACCAUUUAAUCCUCUCCAUCCCAUUCCACCUCCCAUUCCACCUAAUCUUAAUGCGCUUUUACGCUGGUUCAGUGCUGAACCACCCAAAAAUGGGGACACUAGCAGAUCUGAAGGGUCUGGACAUGAGUCACCCCAAAAUAGGGAUACUGGGGGAAAGGAUUCUGCUAGUUCUGGUUCUGGACAUGUACCAAAUGGUGAUAUUGCGGGAAAUGAUUUUGCACAAAAUAGAUCUCGAGGAUCUGAUGAUGGAAGAUCUGAUGAUGAGUUCAAGUUCAACACUACCUUUGAUACCAUGGUGUGGAUCAAUUUGUAGCUCUAGUGGUGCCUGGAUUGUCUUUAGGCAUGUAUCUCACCUACCUUGACGAAUAUGAAUCAAAGAAGUUGGCAAAAGAAUCUUUAAUGCAUGGGAGAAUCUGUAAAGCAACUGAAAACGAUGGUAGACACACUCUUGGCAGAUGGUAGACACUCUUGGCAGAAUCGAGCUGCAAGGAAAGACCUCUUGGUGGAAUGACUUAAUUCUCUUUUUGGAUUAUGUAUUAUUUUGUGUGGAAGUUUGCUAGUUGGUUAGAUAAAAUAAUACAGAAUCCAAAAAGAGAAUCGAACCACAACUUACCGAAAAAGCCCCAAAAAGCGAUAACUGCAGCUCGGUCUUUCCCUGUAGCUCGAUUCUGCAGACUGAAGAUAAAAGAUGAAUUUAAACAUAGAUGAUAUAUUAUUUUGUGUGCAAGUUAGCCUGUUGGUUAGACUGAAGAUGAAAGAUGAAUUUAAGCACAAUUUAAACUUGUGCUUAAAUUCAUCUUUCAUCUUCAGUCUGCAGAAUCGGUCUGCAGGGAAAGAUCGAGCUGCAGGGAAAGACCUCUUGGUGGAAUCGCUUUUUGGGGCUUUUUCGGUAAGUUGUUGUAGUUCUAUCAUUUACUUAUGAAGACAUAACUUAAUUCUCUUUUUGGAUUCUAUAUUAUUUUGUGUGGAAGUUUGCCUGUCGGUUAGACUGAAGAUGAAAGAUGAAUUUAAACAUAGACGUUGUAUUAUUUUGUGUGCAAGUUUGCCCGUUGGUUCGAUGAAUUUAAGCACAAUUUAAACAUAUCUUUUGUUGCAUGGUAUUAAGAUUUGAUUUGUGUAAUUUUAUGGGUUAAAGACCAUCAGAAUAGAAUUUCCUUCCAGGUGAGUGAAGAAAACUUGAAGCCCGGUGAAUUCUCCAAGUAAUGGAAUUAUUUUUUUUUUGACAAUAGUAGGUCCCUUGCCCAACCAAACCGAAUAAAAUAUGGGUUGGUUGUGUUUCGAUCCUUUUGGGUAGGACUGGGCUGGUCGUGUUUCUUUGUAAGUAACUAAAGGACCAUAGCUGGCCCAGGCCCAGGCCCAGGCCCAGGCCCAGUUCGGGCUGAUGUGACACUAAAGUCAUUCCCAUUAAACUUUUAUUAAAAAAUGGGCCAUUAUAAUUAGGCUUUAAUAACAAAUGCUUGGAAUGAUCAUUGUAGUCUAGGUUGUCUUUGGAUGGAUUUUGCAUUUGGUUAUUUGUAACUUUAUGUUUUCUUUGUAUUCAUUACUUUCCUUAAUGUGAUCUUAAAUA